CCUGUCGGGCCGGUUUUGAGAGAGGCAGGGACAGAGGGAGGAAGGCUGCGAAGGAUGCACGGCCUGCCCCGGGCUCGCCCGCUCCCUCCACCGACUGCACCCGUCCUGCCCACCCGCCCGACCCCAUGAGGCGCGCACCCGGCCUCCUGGCGCCCCUGCUGGGCCUGGGCCUGGGACUGAGCCUGAGGCUGCCGGGGGUGCUGGCCAGCGACUGCGGGUCCCUCGGGCAGGCGCAGCGCCUGUCGUUCGCUCCGGCGGCCAGGACGCGGUGGCUGGCGCCUCUCGUGCGCCCGCCGGGACCCCUGGACCCGCUCUAUGGCGCUGUGCGCCGCUUCCUCGCCCUGGUGCAGCUCAACCCUUUUCCUUCGGAGUUGGUAAAAGCCCUGCUGAAUGAGCCGGCCUCGGUGAGGGUGGACGAGGUGGUGCGGUAUGAGGCUGGCUACGUGGUGUGCGCUGUGAUUGCCGGCCUCUACCUCCUGGCGGUGCCCAUCACCGGGUUGUGCUUCUGCUGUUGUCGCUGCCACCGACGCUGCGGAGGCCGAGUGAAGACGGAACACAAGGCCAUGGCCUGCGAGCGGGGCACCCUCAUGGCCUUCCUGUUGCUGACCACCCUUGUGCUGCUGAUUGGUGUGGUCUGCGCUUUUGUCACCAACCAGCACACGCACGAGCAGACAGGCCCCAGUGUGGGAGCUGUGCCUGAGACCCUGCUCAGCCUCCGGGGCCUGGUGUCUGAUGUCCCCCAGGAGCUGCAGGCCGUGGCAGAGCAGUUCUCACUGCCCCAGAAGCAAGUUUUGGAGGAGCUGGAUGGGGUCGGUGAGAACCUCGGGACCAUCGUGCAUAGCCAGCUCGGGAGCAUAAUCUACCCAGUGCUGGCUUCUGUGAACAGCCUGGGCCGGGCCCUGCAGGUCGCCAUGGACCACCUCCACGCCCUGAACACCACCUUGGUGGAGCUGCGGGCGGGACAGCAGCGCCUUGAGCCAGCCGUGCGGCAGCACAGGGAUCGCCUGCUUGCCCUGCUGCAGGAGCCCGGGUGCCAGGGGGAUUGUGAGGGGACCCUGAACCGGGCCCGCUCCCUGGAGCUGGCUGCCAACUUUGUCCAGGUCCCCUCCCUGGACCAUGUCCUGUACCGGCUGAAGGGAGUCCCAGAGGCCAAUUUCUCCAGCAUGGUCCAGGAGGAGAAUAGCACCUUCCACAGCCUCCCGUUCCUGGUUGCCAUGCAGACAGCCAGCAUGGUCCAAGAUGUGAAAAAGGCCGUGGCCCAGCAGCCUGAAGGCCUGAGGACACUGGCCAGCAGCUUCCCGGGCUCCGAGGCAGCUUCCCACUGGAGCCAGGCGCUGGAGAAGCUGGAAGAACGCAGCCGCCCCUACCUGCAGGACGUGCAGCGAUAUGAGACAUACAGGUGGAUCGUGGGCUGCGUGCUGUGCUCCAUAGCCCUCCUUGUGGUGGUCUGCAACCUGCUGGGCCUCUGCCUGGGUAUCCUGGGACUGUCGGCCAGGGAGGACCCCAGCCACUGGGACGCCAAAGGCGAGGCCGGAGCCCGCUUCCUCAUGGUGGGUGUGGGCUUCAGCUUUGUCUUUGCCGCUCCCCUCAUCCUCCUGGUCUUUGCCACCUUCCUGGUGGGCGGCAACGUGCAGACGCUGGUGUGCCGGAGCUGGGAGAGCGGGGAGCUCUACGAGUUCGCAGACACCCCUGGGAACCUGCCGCCCUCCAUGAACCUGUCUCACCUCCUCGGUCUGAAGAAGAAUGUCAGCCUCCUCCUGGCCUACCAGCAGUGUAAGGAAGGGGCUGCUCUCUGGAAGGUUCUACAGCUCAACGACUCCUACAACCUGGACGAGCAUCUGGACAUCAGCCAGUAUGCCAAGAAGCUGCAAUGGGACCUGCAGAACUUCAAAGUGGACAUAAAGGACCUGGACCUGCUCAGCCCAGAGGCCCACCAGGACCUGGAGGCACUGCAGAAGAGUGGGGUGGAGAGCGUCAGCUACCACGACUUCCUUGUUCAGAUCCAGAAGCCCGUGGUGAAGACUGACGUGGAGCAGCUGGCCCAGGAGCUGGCAGGACUGGCCCAGGCUCAGGGCAAUUCUGCGUUGGGGCGACAGCUGCAGGAGGAGGCCCGAGGGCUCAGAAACCUCUCCCAGGAGCAGGUCAUCCCCCAGCAGAACCUGGUGGUCAAGCUCAACCGCAGCGUCCGGGCCCUGGAGUCCUCUGCUCCAAACCUCCAGCGGGACACCUCAGCUGUCCUAGGCAAUGUCACCUACCUAAAAGCAGAGCUUCCAGCAUUGACCAACCACAUUCUCCAGAAAGCAAGCGAGUGUUUCCUGACCCGGGAGAUGGGUUACUUCUCCCAGUACGUGGCCUGGGUGAAAGAGGAGGUGACUCAGCACAUCGCCACCUGCCAGCCCUUCUCCGGAGCCCUGGACAAUGGCCAUGUGAUCCUGUGUGACAUGAUGGCUGACCCCUGGAACACCUUCUGGUUUUGCCUGGGCUGGUGCACCUUCUUCCUCAUCCCCAGCAUCAUCUUUGCUGUCAAGACCGCCAAGUACUUCCGCCCUAUCCGGAAACGCCUCAGCUCCACCAGCUCUGAGGAGACUCAGCUCUUCCACAUCCCCCGGGUCACCUCCCUGAAGCUGUAGGGCCCAUGGCAAGGCGAGGUGAUACCUGGAGCCACCUGGAGCCUCCACUCAGCUGGGACCGGAGGAUUUCUGAAGCCUUGUCGCAGUGCCCAAGCUGGGCUCCCCGUGCAGACUGUUCCCCUGUCCAGCUGAUCCCCCGAGCCUACUCCCUUUCCGCCCUGUCUGCUCAUAACCCCCUGCAUUUGUUCUCACUUUGGCUGAGCUGCAGGACAAGUUUCCCCAGGUGUCCCGCCCUUGUCCUCCUUGCCGCCCAGUACCAGCGCCAAGAAGGGUCUGUUCUCUGCCUGCUGGGACCCCUUCUCCAACCUCAUGCCUGCCCAACCCAGCCCUGCCCCGUCAGCCCUCCCUCCGCUCCCCUCUAAGCCCUCUGCUCCUUGUUCCCAUCUGGCCUUCUACCUGCCUCAACUUCCCUCCUAGCCUCUCCCCAGCCCUUUCCUUCCUCCUUCCAAGGAAGCUCUUCUUCCCUGUCCUCUCUGUACCUCCUCCCACUGCCUUGCUGGUCCUCCAGGGACCCCGCUUGCCCAGUCAGCUCAUCAGAUAAACCCGCCAAGCAGGCGUGGUCCUGGACUGGGCUAGAUUCGGUCUCUGCCUCAUAGCCCCAAGUCGUCCACUGCCCUAGCUCUUUGGACUCUCCGUGGGCCCCUUCCUGGACUUACUGGCCCCUAGUGGGGUGGGAGACUGUCUGAGGGCUGAGCCACCUGCCUGCACCCCAAGUUACAAAUAGUGCUGUCCCCAGGUCCUCUCUGAGCACUAGUUCUUAAGGAGGGACUGGAACCUGGGCUCUAUUGGGGCCACACCCUAGGCUCCCCAGAAGGUAGAACCUCCUCACUUUCCUAAGCUUUGUUUUGGAGUCCUUGAAGCCAGUUCUCCCAGACUAGGACUCUGUACAUAGUUGGUGUUGAAUGCAUGUUUGUGCAGGCAUCCAGGAGUUCCCCCGGCAACCUGCAAGUGGGGAUCAGCACCUGGCUGGGAGGUUGCUGACAGGAUCAGGCAAACCUGGUUUCACAGCCUGCCUCUGAUGCUGCUUGCUGGGUGCCUUGAACAUGUUACCCAGGUUCCCUAAACGCAGCCUCUCCUUUCAUAAGAUGGAAGAAUCAGAACCUCGGUGUCGGACUGUGAAAAUGAAAUAUAACAAGUAAGAGGCCCUUGGCAGGGAGCAAAGGUGCAACGAGUAAAUGGCAGCUGCUAUUUUGUGCCAUGACUGCACUGGCCAAGGCGGAGCCAGGGUCUGGGCCAGUGCAAGGGAAAGAGGAGGCGGCCCUGGUCCCACGGCCACAGCCCUUGAAGAUGGUGGUCUGCUGAAUGUUGGAGGGGAUCUCAUUGCAUUUUAUAAACCAGCAACACAGCUGCUGCUGGAAGUUAGGGUGGUGUGGAUAGGACAUGUCCUCACUGUGACAAGCUCAUGCUCAUACAGGCACCCCUGAAGGUCACACAGGGGCCUCUCUUUGGUUUUGCCCAGAGGUUGGUGGGUGGUAUGGUUUUGCUUGUUGCUCAGAUGUCAGCUUGAGCAGAAGCGGUAGCACUGUGUAUACUAAAAUGCAAUUGAUGAGAUCACAACAAAUGAAAUAGAAAUAAUUUUAAACUAUGUUCA